UAUGGAGUAAUAUAUUGAUUAAGAACUUACAAUCCAACAAUUCUUCAAGUAGCAUCAAAUCACAUCACCUUUACUUUCUUAACUCAAAAGAGAGUUCGGUGUAAUCAAGCAUCCCACUUUUAUAAUGAAUAAUUUGCUCUAAGUAAUUUUAAUAACAAACAUUAGAUCAUCUAACAUAAAAAACAUUUAACAUGUAUUGAAGCACCAAAACAAAGUGGAAGAACUAUGUCUUGUCUUUUGAUAAUUUUAGAUUAAUUUUUAAAAUCUUUAGAUCAUUUUACUCCAGAUGAAGAAGUAAGAGUUAAUCAAAUUUAUUAUAGAAUGGAUAUUAUUUACUCAUUACCUCAGCAAGCAGAGAACAAUCAACACAUUGUAAAUCUAUAGUUCAAAAGUUGCUUGACAAUUAUCCCUAAGAAAUUGCAUUACUUGAUAUUAAUUCACAAUUUCCUCUGAAUGCUAAAAGUAUUAUCUAAGGUUAAAUAUAAUUAGAUGACAAUUAUAAUAUUGUAUUACCACCUGUUACACAACCAUCUAUAUUAUUUGCCACAUAUUAUUCUGUGAGUAAAUUGAAGACUAGUGGCAAAGUGGAUAAUAAAUGUUUUUAAUUUGCUUUAUUUGAUGAUUGCAAUUUAGCCACUCUUUAUGGAGGGUAAUUUUAAUUGGAAACCAUUUCUAAAUGGAUUUCAAAGAAUCAAUUUACAAUCUAUGUUGGUGAUGAAAAAUUGAUUGAAGUUAUACUUGGAAAGGCUAUUACAGUAGCUAAAAUUGAAGAAGAUUAGGAAGAAUAAGAAUAAGAAUAAGAAGAUAGAACCAUUUAAUAAACUAAAAAUGAAUUACCAAAUUUAUUUUACUAUUUUUAUUCAGACUUUACAUAAUAAUAGAUUGUACUUUAUAUAACUUUGAAACUUAACCUUGUCUAAGGAAAAACACUUAUAAUAGUUUAAAAUUUGUUUGAGAUUUAUUAUUUACAAUUACUUUUUUAGAGAUGUAAUAUUGAAAGAUAUCAAAUUUAUAAUCAUGAAAAUCCAAAAACACUUAAAUAUUAUACUUUAUCAACUUUCAAUACUGGAGUUAUUUAAAUACUUAUUGCAACUGCAAAUGUCUUUUUAGAUUUAGAAAAUGAAUUCUUUGAAAGAACUAAGUAAGUAUCUAAAAAAUCUAAAUAACCUUACACUCUAAAGAAGUUAGAUAAUAUUAUAUUAUAUAAUUUAUUACCAAAUGAAUUACCAGAUUAAAUAUUAAAAUCUGUUACAAAUACUGUUUGUAUAGCUUCAAAUAAUGAAUAAAAUGUUGAAACAGUUAUGUAAUUUGUUAAUGCAGAAUAUAAUAAUGUUAAUUGCAAAGAAUAUCCAAUAAAAUAAAAUGAAAUUGAAGCAUUCCGUUAUCGUAUAGAAGAUACAACUAAAAAUAUAUCAAAAUAUUAGGUUAAAAUGGCAGAGCAAAUAGAUUUCAAAAAGAAGAUGGUCAAGUCACCAGAUUUAGUAGAAUAUUUUUAAUAGAAUCAGAAAGAAAAAGAAUUAUUGUAAGAUCAAAUUGUAUAAUUAAAGAAAAAAUUAAAUAGAUCAUCAAUAUAAUUACCUUAAGGUAUGUAUAUAUUAUAAUGUCUUAGGUCCUGUGCCUGAAUAUUUAUUACCAGAAUUCAUUAAGAAAUAAAGAAAAAUGUAAGGAGAUUAAUAAAAAGUAAAAGUUCUUGUUAGAGUUCAUGAUUAAAAUACUGAUAAAUUAAUAAAGAAAAGAAGAUUAUUGAAUGAUGAAAUGAAUAAUAAUAUGUUACCUGAGUAAGAAGAAAAAGCAAAGGCAAAAAAACCUGAGAAUUAAUAUGUUACAAUUAAUUAAGAAGAUGAAGAUCCUGAAUUAGUAGAUUCAUCUAGACUUAGACCUAUAAGUGGUAAGAAAAUAUGGAAAUUAAAACAUGGAUUUAAAUUAAAAAAGAGAAAUAAGAGAUUGGAAAAGAAAGGUGUCUUCACUACCUGAGU